GCAUGAGUUAACGGGUAGUAUACUACUGUACCGUAAUCGUCCAACCAAGACCAUCAAUAUUGAAAUGAUUAACACAUUAACUAGGCUAUUACAUAUUGUAUGAUAUUUCUGGCAUUAUUUCAAUUUUUUAUCCAAUUUGACAUAUUGAUCAGUGCACAGUUUUGAAAUUUCAGCUGAUUUUGAAGAGUAUGGAGGAUUUAUACCUGUAAUUUACACCUGGACAGGUAAAAAUUCAGGUAAGUAAUAAAUUGGUCAAUUCAUUUGUUUUAUUGAUUUCUGCAGAUAAAAGUUUACCAUUAAAUACAUAACUCCAACAAAGUUGUGUCAAUACACAUUUUACUAGGAUAUUGUUCAACAUGUUAAGGUCAGCUAAAGUGUAGUUUUUUAAUUUCAUAAUGGAUUAAUAACCAUGGAAACAGAAUUUCUUCCAUCAAAUAUGGAGUUUGCUGAAGGAGAAGUAGAUGAACAAGAUGCUAGUCCUGAGUUUGAAGGAGAUGAAACCAUUAGUCUUUCAGACAUUCUGUCAUCUAGAGAUUUUUGCUUGUCUGAGGAAGAGUUAUGGGCCUUGUGUCGUGAAUGUUGCCUUGUAUUGGAUGUUGUGAAGAGUUCACCAGAAAUGUUCCAAACAUUGUGCAUUACACCGGACACAGUAGCUUUUGAUGGUUCUGGUAAUGUCUGCUUUUUGGACUUGGAAACAGGAUGGAAACCAUAUGAAGAUCAACCAGAACAGUUGUAUAUACCCCCAGAAUAUGAACACAAUGAGCAGUCUUACAAGUCGCAUCUGUUUUCUCUUGGGAUGACACUACUGUAUGCAGCAGAAUAUAAUGGGGAACCAGGUCGUCCAGAAAUCACUGCAGAACUAAGACAGUUAUUUGGUUAUAUGACAUCUGAAAAACCAAGUGACAGACCUGAUUUAGAAUCUCUUAUAAAUCAAUGUGAGGAGGAACUUGUUGGCAAAUCAUCAGCAGAUAUUUGUUGUAAGAUUGGAUCAUUUACAGCACAUUUUUCUCCAGCACCUGAUGGUCAUUCGUCAAGUUUAGCUGACGUAACUGCAGGUUUAGCAAACUAUUUACAAAGCCAGUCAAAAUUGUUACCAGAUUCAUCAGGAUUAAACAUAACCGAUCCACAGCAGCAUUCUACACCUGCUGUGUCACCUGAAAUAGUGUCGUCUGCUAAUGCAGAAGAAGACAUGGCACUUCGAGGAAAUUACACAGGGAUACCAACGGCAACUGGAAACUUGAAACAGUCAUCUCCACAUAACAGGAAAAAUAAAAAUAGAACUUUAAGUGGUGAAAAUGAGAGUGACAAUAUGGGAUUUAAACCACCAAUUCCUAGAAAGCCAGAUCUUAAAAAACAGCUGGAUAAUGAUUCUGGAGUAAUUGAUAUGGAUUUAUCAAAUAAUAAUGAUAAUAAUAAUGAAAAUAUGACAAAAUUUAAACCUGUGCCUCAAAAACGUAAACAUUCUGAUUCUGUUCAAACCAACAAAGAAAAGUCAGAUUCCAAUAAGUCUGAGAAGACAAAUAGGACAAAGAAACGUCAGGGUUAUACAAUUAGUGAGAUCUUAGAGACAAUAGAUAGAAAUAUAACAGAAGAGGAAUUGUGGGCUAUUUGUAAAGAGGGUGCUUAUUCUCUACAGAGAAAAAAGAAACAUCUACCUGCAUACCUGUCUUUAGACACACUUCUUGUUCGAGAUAAUGGAAGUAUUUCCUUUAGAGCCAUACCUGAGGAUAAACCACUGGAGGUUAUGUUUAUGUCACCUGAAUUACAACAGAAAGGAGAACUUUCUGAGAAGGCUUGUUUGUAUGGACUUGGAACAACCUUGAGGUGUACAGGAGGUGCCAAAUAUUCAUCAGUAGCCUCCCUUGGUAUUUCUUCAGAAUUAAAGGAGUUACUAUCUCAGUUAGUUCAUCCAGACAUGACACAGAGGCCCAGUAUAGAGGAUACUUUAGAGAUAUGUGGCAUACAUGAUGGUAGAACUGGGGAAUCAUCUGCAUUGAUUCUACAACAACUCUUCCAGGAUACACAACUUAGACUGAUAGAACAAGAAGAAAAUUCUAACAAACAUGAUGAGACGCAGGAGAUUGACAUGGGAUCAGCUUUCAGACCCAUCAAAACUACUGUUGAGUCAGCUUUUGUUCCAAAAAAACCUGUCCCAGUUAAACCGGAUGAACCUGCCAAGACCAUUCCAACCGCUUACAGAUCAACAGCUACACAUUUCAAACCUAUUGUUUUACAUAGAACUGAAACACCAGUCGAAAAGAAAGAAGUCAAAAGGGAAAAAAGUCCUACCAAUGAUUGUCAACCAAGUGAAAAGGACAAAGAGGUUGUGAAAAAAUUAAAAGAAUUGAAAAAGAAUUUGAUGAAGCAUAGACAACCGUCUGGUGGAAAAGAUGAUGAAGCUGAGCCUGGGACACCACCUCGUUCACCAAAGCCAAAAUCUAAACAGUAUCAUAGUCCGAAAAAAUCGUCAACACAGAAAUUGUCAAAUGAUGAUAGUCAUGAAGAUAAAUCCAAUAAGAAAGAUGGGAUGGGAGCUUUGGAAAAUUUAUUGUCAGAAGUUCAGAAAAGAGGCACACAAGUGGAUACUGAUACUUUGGCGUCUGCUAUUGCUCAGCAUUUACAAAAUUAUAUGGGUAAAUCAGAACAAAAACCUUCACAGGUAGAUACAGCUGACUGGGUUCAGAAUCAGAAUAAUCAGUUUAUGACUCCACAAAUGCCGCCACCACAGAUGUGGCCAAAUUUAAAUAUUCCAUCACAAUUUCAGCAACAUAUUGUAGGACAAACUGUGACGUUACCACAGUAUGGAGGUGGAAUGGUACCAGGUUAUCCCAUGCAAGUUCAGUUACAACAAGAUCCAAGAACAGGGUUUGUGCAGUUGGUACCUGUUGGAAUGCCUGUACCAUUUCCACAGCCAACGGUAAAUGAUUAUGGAUAUUUAUCAGAUUCUGCAAAAAGUCAGAAAAUGCAUGGAAACUUUACUGUGUUAAAUCAAUCUCCUCUAAAUACUAGUGGUGAUUUGGAUAGUUCACCAAAUGCUAGUAGGUCAGGAAGACCUGGCAGAGCAGCUAAAAAUCUUUUACAAAAAACUGCUAACAUGAGAGCUAAGAACACAGGGAGAGUGCAUAGUGCUCGACAUGUAGAUCAUUCAGCAGAAACUAGCAAUCUAUGGAGAUCUAAAUCUGCACAUAUUUUAAAUGAUGAACAUUUUCAUUCUGAUGGUGAAGCUAUGAAAAGACAUUCUAGUCAUCUGUCAGCAUUUGAGAUCAAACCAGGAUCUUCCUAUGAUGAUACUGUUCUUCACAGGAACAAUCAUCAAAACAUUCAGUUUGACUCGUUACAACGUUCUAGCAAUCAACACAUACCUCAUAAACAAUCAGGGGCAGAUAAUCAGGUGUCUAUGCAGCCACCUAUUUCUGAAUCCCAGUCAUCUUCCCCGUCUGCUUCUAAAGAUAGCGGUAUCAGUAGCGUGAAUGGUGCUUAUAAACCUCCUGCCGCAGGAAGUAUGGUUGAACGAUUAUUGAAUAACGUCCAUAGUUCUCAACAGGAGAAAUUGGGACGUGUUAUUCACUUGUUAAGGGAGGAAUUUGCAUUUGAUGGUUAUAUGGAAAAUGGUGUGGAGGAUUUAGCAACUGCUGAAUAUAUAGCUUCUUUAGGAAACCUUAAGUGGGAAACCUUUGCUAGUGCAAUAACUGAGAAAUACUGUGACAUUUAUUGGGCCCCAGAUUUGUUGAUGAGUCUGUAUGAUUCAGUCAAUGCAUCUAACAGAUCACCUCAGGUUCCGCCUACUGUCUUAGAACCUUCUGUUCAGGUUCAAAACCAAAGAGAUCUUCCUAGUCAAAGAACAAUGUCACUUCAUCAACGGUUACAUCAACCUGAAACAUCAGAUUCAACAGACAAUGAAAAUUACGAAAGGAGGCGUAGACCUCGACGUAAACAUCACCACGACAAAUCUAAAAGUUCAUCAUUUAAUAAUGUGUCGGAACAAAAUGUGCCAAAUAAUAUCGAUAGGCUUAGUGAUGAUACCUUAGUGUCGGAUAAUUCUAAUGAUAAACUAAUGGAAAGGGAGAUAACUCCGAACAGGGAUGUUAGCAAGAGUAAUAUUCCAACAGAAAAUAAUCAUGUGCGAACAUUGGGAAAUAAUUCUGAUAGUCAACGGAGUUAUCGUUCACAUGAUUCAACAGAGGAAAGCAACAAAUCAGAUAGUCAAACUGAAAAAUCUGAACAUGGGAUUUAUCGUAAAAAUAAGAAAACAAAUCAAAAUCGUGUGUUUUCUGCUGAUAGUGGAAUGUUAAGUAAGGGAAGUAAUUUGACUUGUCAUCUUUCUCAGCUAUCAUUAGUGGAUAAUGUACGAACAGAGAUUCCACUGCAUACAAGGAAAUGUAAUGUUGUAUACCAUUAUGCUACAAUGCAGUUAAAUUUUUCAUCAGAGAUGGAAAAAUUUGUUCAGAGUAUAGAUGAAGAAAAUGCCAGUUCAUUGCAGUCAGAGUUAUCUGCUCUUGAACAGCAAGUAAUGAUGGAGAAAAGACAGAAGAAGAAAACACAAAAUUUUUACUUUAAACUGACAGAAAGUUCAAAAUCGGAUAAAGGUGAACAGAAAUCAACAUUACUGCAAGUUUGUAAAGAUUUAGAUGAAAUGGCAGCAAAAAUACACUUCCUGCAACUUUGUCAAACACAUCUGCAGAUGUCAGUAACUGAGUUAUCGAGUAUUCAUCCCACCUAUUUAUACUCAGUGGUAACAUGUGAUCCUGAUCAGCCUCUUAAACUGAAACCUUGCCAGGAUAACCCCUUACUGGAGUUCCAGAUCCUACGGGAGCCACAGACUGGCUGUGAGAUACAGGCUUUACAUGCAGGAAUGACAGAUGGCCUCAUGUCUUAUCUUUUCUCAUCAACUGCUUUAAGUUUUGGAUACAUCCACCAGUAUUUAUAUUGUUUCCGAUAUUUUGUAUCACAGACAGAUGUUAUGAACUUUCUUAUUACGAAAUAUAAAAGUGCAAAAGGGAACAAUAAAUCAGGAGAAUCCAAUUUAACCAGGUUGAGACAGAGAGUGUUAGAUUUACUGUACUUCUGGGUGGAAGGAUUUUAUUCCGUGGAUUUUGAUGAUAACUCUGACCUGAUUGAUACACUGCAAAAUUUUCUGGAAGAAGCUGGCAUCAAGCCAUCAUCAGAAUAUGAGGAGCCCUCCUUACAAGAUUUACUGAACAGCUGUUUAAUUGGACAGAACAUAGACCUUUCUUCAACAGCCACAGAAGAUAAUAUCCAUGUCUAUAAACCAGGGACACAGAAAAAGGACAAUAGCGAAGAACCUCAGUGGGACACCCUUAAAUCAGUGGUGAAGCCAAAAUCUAACAAGUCUGUACUACCUCAUGUAAAACCAGGGCCAGUAAAGCCACAGAGACGUGGAAGUAUUGGUCUGGAUUUGAAAUUAUCUCGAAGGACAGAAAAUUUUACAUUAGCAGACUAUACUCCUCAGAAAUUGGCAGAACAGCUGACAUUGAUAGAACAGGGACUGUUCCAGCAAACUCAUCCAGUUCAUUAUUUGAACUCCAAGUCUCAGGGAGUUGGUGUAUCUCUAACAUUAGCUAAGUCUAGAGCACCGUCUACUUUCAAGUUGAACAGUCCUGAUAGUGAAAACCAGUCAGAGUAUAACUUGUUUGUAUGCGACAUCAGAAAUGAAUCAAACAUGCAGCAGAUGAUUGAGUUUUCUAACCAAGUAUCUCACUGGGUGGCUGCUGAAAUAGUCAGCUGUUCCUCUGUGAAGAGCCAGACAGCAGUACUAAGUAAGCUGUUAUUUACAGCCCAGACUUGUAAGGAUAUGAGAAACUAUGCCACAUGCAUGUCAAUCUUAGAAGGUUUGGAAAACUUAGUCAUCAAACAGUUACCAAUCUGGAAAAAUCUGUCUGCCAAGUGUGUUACAGUAAUGGAAGAUCUGACCUCUACAAGGAUCUUUCUCAAAAGUGAUGUUGGAGCAUUGUUGAGUAACAAGGACAGUCACAUGUAUCCCACAAUUCCAUCAGUGGUACUUCUACUGUUACAUAUACAGCAGUGUGAAAUCGGAGGAUUUAAACUGGCAAAUGGAAUGUAUAAAUGGAGUAAAAUGAGAUCUAUUUGCAAUGCUAUUGAUCAAGUAAGGAUAUUUAAGAACCAUUUAUAUGGAUUUGACCCAGAAAUUGACCUACAGGAAGUUCUUGUUCAAAGAAUGAAGGAGUUCUGUGACCAGGAUGUCCAUCAGAUUGCUGCCCAGCAUGAUACAAAUUAUCAUAGAAUGUCUAGUGGUGGAAUUGUUGGUGCCUUCCGUAAAAUGAAAGGAAAACUGCAAUCGAAAUAAAUUGCUGAAAAAUUGAGACUGCCUUAUCAAAAAUACUUCUGAACACGUCAAAGGAGAUGAAACAAUUAUUUUAUUAUUAGAAACAUUAUAACAUGAAUGAACUUUUCAUAAUUAAAAUCUAGGACCACUGAUAUAUUUGUCCUGAGGAAAAAAAAUGUGCCAAAUUCCUGUGAAGAUCACGCAGUGCUGAUUAUUUAGAUAUUAUUAACUCUUAACAAAUCAGUUAACAGUAUUUUAGAUAUAUAAUGCAUGAAGAUAUAGGCUAUUAUUAACAAUGUAUUAUAUAAAUAUUAGAAAAAUAAAUUGUGUAGUUCAGAAAAUAAUUAUUAGUGUUCCUGAGGUCCAAAACUUUACAGAGAUUAAUAGUUGAAAAAUUUAAAAAGCACUUUCAUGACUUUAAGCAUUAUAAGAUGUUAUAAUUGUCUUCCUUGAAUUCAACAAGAUCAAAAUGGCUUCAUCUUUAAUAUUGUUAUUUAUAUCAAAAUAAAACAUGUUUUCCAAAUAGCAUUGACUAUUGCGAUUUAAAGACCCAUUGGUUAAUCAUGGAGCUUUAUUUUCCCUUUAUUGUGGAAUGAUCGUAUUGUAAUUUAGGCUGUUUUACUGUGCAACCACUAUUUUUUAAUGGCCUUUUACAAAAAAAAAAAAAAAAAAGGAAUAUAUUUCAUGGCCUUAGAAAAGCCUUUUCAGUUGUUGCCAUCUUAUUUUUUUAAUUUUUAAUGCUUUUCACAACCUGCCCCUUAAAGAAUUAUUUCAAAGGUAUUUAUUUCAAUGUACAGUGUAAUGCCAGAAGGGGGAUGAGUCACUUUGAUAAGACUAUGAUAUGCUGAUGAAGAUUUCAGCAGUGAUAUUUUAAGUUGUGUUUUAAAAGAAACAUAUUUUGUACAAAAAUCCAUUUUAUUAUUGCAAUAUAGAAGUUUGUGAUACACUGUAUAUACUUUUUACACGUUUAUGUUUACAUAUAUAUUUUAUUAUAAAGAGUUUUUAUGAUAUUAUUUUUAUAAUUUUUUAUGAUCUUAUAUCAUUCCAAUAACCUUUUUCAUAACAAAAUGAUCUUUUCUGCACAAAAAUGUGUUUAUUAUGAGUGUAUCAUUUUAUUUUGAUAGUUUCUUUUGAAAACAAGUAUGAAUUCAAUUUGAAAUAUAUCUAUUCGAAAGCAUUUCCGAAAUCAGAUAUAUUUUAUGAUAUUUUCAGUAUUUUAAUCAAACAGAUUGAGAUUUGGCAAUUUUAUUUCUUAUAUUAUCUGUGUGUAUGAAAAAUGUUAACUGAAGAAGUAGUCCAUAUAAGAAUCAUGCAAAAUCCAAAUUUUAUCAUACACUUUAUGUUGGCUACAAAUGUUUAUUUUUUAUCAAUCAGUUCAGUGGAUUUAGAUGAAUGGAAUGAGUAGUAUUUUCUAUUCACUGUCUUACCAGGACAGAUAAAUGUCAUACUGUUUAAAAUAUAUUUUAUAUGAUAUUAUUGGAGUUAUCUCCCUCAAAAUGAGUUUUAUAAUGCAUUCUAUAGAACUUAUAUGUCAUCUCUUAAGGGUCCAUAUAAAAAAUUGUAUAUGAAUAUCAGCAUCCUAAAUAAGAAUUAAUUUGUGUAUGCUUUCCACCCAUGAAUCACAUUUUGUAUGUUUCUUAUAAGGACUGGUACUUAUAAUUUAAAAAAAUUAGUGUAAAUCAAUUGUCAUAUUAAAAUUAUAUAUAUAUAUAUUUAUUAUAUUUAUAUACUUACAAAGUUGUUAAACAGGGUUGUUUGCUUGCCCAUAGAUCUGCUAAUACUAAACUGUGAUAUUGUAUAUUAUAGUAUAUUUAUUUAUUGUUUAUUUUAUAAUUUUAUAUUCUGCUGACAUACUUUUAUAAAUAUGCAUUUAUAGAACAUACAGGCAUUUAUUAAUUUGUUGACAUUUAUAUUCUAAAAAUAAAAUUGUACAAGUUGUAUUGCAUAUUAAUAUCAUCAAAUGAUUUACUAUUUAACUUUCCAGAAAUAAAACUAUUAAUAUUCUUUUUUUUGGAAUGUUACCAUUUUAGCUAUAGAAACAUGGUAUUUGAACUUCAGAAAAAAACACUUUAUAUUCAUGAAACUAUGUGAUGGUGAAUUUAUAUUUUUAAUCUUGUUUUUUAAGAUCAUAUGGCCAAGUGAUCUACAGUCAUCGCUUUGCAUCCAUUGUCUGACAAUUUACAUGUUUCAGUAUCUCCUCUGAAAUCAAACUUGUUAGAAAUAAUAUAUGGAACACCCUUUAUGAGAAUUCCUAAUUUUGAUACCAUGGAAUAAAAAACAUGGCUGCCAGAGGCAAUCUUUCAAUUGGCAUUUUUAUUUUUAAAUCUUUGAAAAUUUCAAGAAAAUCAGUGUGGAACUUUGGAGAUUUAUGACCGAUCCUCAACUUGUUUUAAUUGGUUGACAAACAUGGUGGUAUUGACGGCACAGAAUUCAGAUUAAACCCUAUGAAAAAUCAAAUAUUCAUCAUCUCCUCAAUUUUAACUUAACUUCAAACAAACAAAGGAUGUAUGGAAAAGCCUGUACAAACUAUUUUCAAUCUGUUCCUAUUGAAUCAAAAACAUGGCUACCAGAGGCAAUCUUUGAUUCUGAUUGGUCAACAUUCAAAAAUCUUUUCCUUCCGAAACUACCGGAAACAAUUUUAAAACAUAAGAGGAUUGAUGAGAGGAAGAUGCUCUACAAAAAAAAAACAAUUAAAUGUUGAUCCAUUGAUAGCACAUUGUUCCCAUUAAAAUCCUAUUGAAGGUCGACUUUUCUUCUUCUCUGAAUGUACUUCAGUCAAUUUUUCCCUACCUUGUCAGGAAUGGUAUAGAGAAGAGUCUUUUCAAACUUACUUUAAUUUCUCUCAAUCAGAUUGAAAUACAUGACUACUAGAGGCAAUCAAUGAUUCUAAUUGGCCUCAUUUCUAAAUGUUUUGUCUGAUUUUGUUUCUUCAUAAGAUUUCUGACAGAUUUUAUUUCAGUUUGAGGGCUAACAUGAUUUUUUUCAAACAGUUUUAUUUGUUGAAUAUCUGAGUAAAAUGUUAGGCAAGGUAUAGGGAAACUUGUGUUUUUGUAAUGAACUUUCAAAGGUAUUUUCAGCUGCCAAUGCAAGAUGCUCUUUAACUUCUAAGGGAAUAGAAAUCAGUGUUAUCUUUAGAUACCAGAUGAAGGAUACAGGCUCUUUUUAAUAAAAAUAAAUUAUAAAAUGGAAUAUUUAAGUGGUAGUUGAAAUAGGGACUUACAGGCCAUAAUGAGGCAAAGAUGCUUUGGUCAUUUUUCACUUAAAAAUUACAUGGUAAAAGUCUAAAAUGGAACUGGCAAAAAAAAAUAAAAAAAACAUCCUUUUAAAACAAAGAUUGAUUAUUUAUAAAUUUUUAGAAAAUUUCUGUCCUGUUUUAAAGUGUUUAAAAGUGUAUGAAAAUUAUUUUACAUAUUGUAUUACAACAUCUUAUGACUUCCACAAAUUAGUAUACCUUGAAUAAUCAAAUAUACCUUUAUAAUUGUAUCUUAACAGUAUAUCAAUAUGUAUUUUGGAUACAAUGUCAGCCUGUAUUUGUUAAACUUCAUUGAUUAUUUUCCAAAAAUGAAAAUAAAAUGUUUUUUGAAAA